CCAAGGGGAAAGUAAUUAGCAGGAAUAAAGAGCCAAGUGUUUUUUCUUCUCUCUCCCCCCACAGUGAUCAGAAGUCAUUCUACCUCCGGAGCUCGCACAGAACCCCUCCGUCCUCCCCCCCCCCUCUCGACGAACCCACGCCGCACCUCCACCGCGCGUGAGUGCGUGUGCAUGUAGCUUUAAUUACACUGUUGUUUGCUAAACAACUUGGCUGCGCUCUCCUCCUCUCUUCCUCCGCCUUCUCCAUUGCAAAAAAAGAAAAGAAGAAAAAAAAAAAAGGAAUGCGUGAUCUUUCCCCACGGUUGUUUUUGUGGACGACAACAGCCCGCAGAGACCGCUGCCGCAGCCGCUGCAGAAAUGUGUGGUGGUAAUGUGUGGCAGCUGUAGCCCCCGAUAUGGACAUCGGUGAGGGAGGAGGAGGGGAUGGAGGGGGAGGAGAGGAAAGAGAUGCUGACCUCAGUGCCCAAGCUUUAUCUCUCUCUCUCGUGACCUCGCCGCUCAUUCCUGAGCAGGGGUCAGCCUCUCGUACCUCAGCCAGGACCCUUGCCAAAGAGCCCCCGACUCUGCGUGAGAAGCAGGAGGAGGAGGGCGCAGAGGGGUUCAGGGGUGGAGGAGAGGCACAGGUAGGGGGUAAGGAGAUUGGUCAUUCAGAAGAAGAUGGAGCAUGUCAAAAGAGGUGGAUGAAGGGAAACUUACAGGAGGGACCUGUGUCAGGGCGAAAUGAGGUCGGCACUGGAGUGAAGCCGGAUACAGAGGGUCUCCCAAAUGCCCACAGCAACAGCAGCAACGGAGGAGAGGAGGAGGAGGAGGAGGAGGCCAUCUCAAACCAAAGCCAAACCAAAUCCAAAUGUUCUUUAUUACCUCAACAGAGCCAGCAAAGCGCUUUUUCCAGCACUGCAAAGGCCAAUGGCACGCUCAAUAGCAAAACAGCCGCCUCUCUAAAGUCCUCCCAGACUUCCUCCACCUCUCCAAGAAACUCCCCUUUUCUUUCCACCUCUCCAAAGCACUUCACUUGUCCACCCUACUCUUCUUCUGUCCCGUUGGGCGAGAGGGACGACAUUAAUGGAGAUCAGGACUGGAUUUCUGUGUUUCCUCAGAGCUUUAACUCCCAGCAGUCGACUCCAGCUUUCCCCUUGGCAGGUAUGGAGGAGGCCAGCGCACCUGCUGAGGAAGAUGGGCCGGCAGGGGUUCCUUACUCUUCCAUUUCCAAUGGAGAUGGUGCCAAAGCUCCAGAACCAAAUGACAGCCAGCUUGAGACAGACAUGGAUGAUGACAGAGACAACGAAGGGGAACAGAAAGAAGCUGUCCCCAAAAACCUUAACCAAGAGCUCUCUCCAAAUUCCCUGACUAGUCAAAUGACUGCAAUGCACUCGCGUAAUUCCUGUAAGACACUGAAAUGCCCCAAGUGUAACUGGCACUACAAGUCUCAGCAUACACUGCAAGUCCACAUGAAGGAGAAACAUCCAGAGACAGGCGGUCAGUGCGUGUGUGCUGCCUCUGGUGGGAAGUGUGUUUGUGGCAGCGCAACACGAGGUGUGUGUGGAUACUGCAGUUCAGGGAAACCCCAUCCCCGCUUGGCUCGGGGCGAAACCUAUGCCUGCGGCUACAAGCCCUAUCGCUGUGAGGUAUGUGACUACGCUACCUCGUCGAAAGGAAACCUCAGCAUACACAUGCAGUCAGACAAACACCUAAAUAAUGUUCAAAAUGGGGGACUCUCCAAUGGUCAGAUAAAUACUUCCCACAUUAGCAACAACAGUAGCUCUUCCAAUGGCACGGUGAUGGAUGAGCAGGCAUACAAGCUUCCACUUACAAUUCCAACGCCCGCUACACAGCCAGCCAAGCUCACACCACCUGCACACUCUCCCUCCAAUGGCAAGCGUUGGCGGUGUGAUGUAUGCGACUACGAGACAAGCAUUGCCCGCAACCUACGCAUACACACAACCAGUGAGAAACACACACAUAACAUGCUGCGGCUGCAGAGAGGGUACUACUUGUCCCAUUGCAGGAGCCUUGCUCCCCAUCUAAAACACUUACAAAGCACAGGUGGGGAACUCUUGAACAUGCGGCUGACGCAACAAGUUGCAGAACAGCCGGUCACUCUUGGCUCGACGCUGACCCCUUCCCCGUCCCCUUCCCCUUCUCCUCCGCCAGUUGCAUGUCUGUCUCCUACUGGACCUCUCUCCCAAGGUGUGCUCCAAUGCCUCGUCUGCUCCUGCUUUACCACUGACAGCAUCGAGUCCAUGGAGCACCAUCUGAACACCCCUCGCUCCCUGCCCCAGUCUGAAUGGUGCUCCCUGAUCGCUGGUGGCUGCCACUGCAGGCUCUGUGGCUAUACCACCCCGCUGAGGGCUAACUUUUCCUUGCACUGCCAGACUGACAGACACCGAACCCGCUACCAGCUUGCAGCUCACCUACAAGAAGGGGGUGAACGGGGUCAGGAAGGCGCCGCCUUGAUAGCGAAGGGUCACCCAAUCCAGCUGAGGUGCAACCUGUGCGAAUUUGUGACGAGUAGUUUAGAAAAGCUGCAAGGACAUUCCCAAACAUCCCACCACGAGUCCAGCGUCCGGGUUUACAGAUUUCUGCAGCAGUUCGAUGGCGAGGUUGAUGGCGGUUCAUGGCUAUUCCAUUGUCUCCUAUGCAACCACUCCUCCUCCUCUAAGCUAGAAGUAUUGAAACACAGUCAAACCCCAACCCAUCAGCAGAGGGAGGGAUUGCUACAGCUGCAGCCAAUGGGUGGAGAGGAGCUCGCAGCAAUUUUCACCAUCAGAAAAAUCCCUGAGGAGGUCACAGGAGAACUUAAUGAGGAUAUGGAAAAUUCCACUGAGGUCACCACUGGUCCUUUGGAUCAAACCAAAGACAACUUGGGAGUUAAGCAGAUGGAUAUGGAGACAGAAGAAAAAAUGGUGGAGGAGACAGACAAGAUGGAAUCACUCUCAGUCAAGCGCCAAGCAUCUGGAUGCGGGGAAGUGGAAAACUCCAUCAUAAGCAAACGACCCCGAAAGCACCAGCAAAGCGAGAACCAGCAGACUGUCCAGUGCCCUUUGUGCCAGGUUCAAAUCCCGUACACACAUCUUCGACCGCAUCUCACACAUGUGCACAGUGUGGCGCAGGACUGUGUCGACAAGCUCAUCAGCACAGUCACACCAUCAUCGGAACAACUUCAGCUAGAGACCGAACUACCAUCAAACCUGUACACGGAGGACACUGUAAAAAAUGAAAAUAUCACGGAUAACAAGAAAGAACAUUCCGAUACAACCGAUUCAUUUACCUCGGAUGAUUCACCAAAAAACAAAAGCAUUUCAGGGGAGAACACUGAGGAAAAUGUAGCCGCACCCAAAGAUGUCACAGCUCUACUCACCCCACCCCUGGAAGACAACGCCACUCACCCUUCCAAUGGAAGACUGGCUCCUCAAUCCCUGACUCACACCCCUCCCACCUCACCAACCGCCGACCCCCCUUCUCUUUCUGAUCGCCAUGGUUACCGGUUUCGUUGCAGCAGGUGCAGUCUGGCAUUCCCUACUCAAGAGAAGCUACAGCUGCACUGGCAGUACCAUGCCAUGAGGGCGGCGACAGAGUGCCCCAUCUGUUCCAGACAGUGUCGCAGUCAGGAGGCCUUGCAGAGACAUAUGCAGAAUACACACUUGCAGCAGGACAACACUCAGAAUACAGGCUCACUGCCUCAUUCUGUACAAUACAUAGAACACUAUAAGAGUGAAUCAGUUCAACAAAAUAUGAGUUUAUCUCCUCAAGCUGGCCAAGAAACAGCAGAGGCAGAGGAAGAAGAGAGGGAGGAAGAAAUGGAGGCUGUAAAGGACAUACUUGAGACUGGAGGAAAUGAACAAAAAGAGGAAUUCAAAACUAAAGAGAAAGACAGGAUCGGUGAAACUUGUGGAGGUGAUUUAAUUGAGCUAGAAAAAGUAACAACUGAUGAAAUCCCACUCGAACCUAGUUUCAGCUCUCCUAUCAAAAAGAGCUCCAACCCAACAAUGGACCGCUAUUUGGAUCCAUCAAGGCCCUAUAAGUGCACUGUAUGUUCAGAAUCUUUUACUCAGAAAACAAUUCUUCUGGUUCACUACAAUUCUGUGUCCCAUCUUCACCGGGCAAGGCGAGCUCUGCAGGAAUCAAACACGGGUGUUUCUUCCCCAGAGGCUACCCGUGGACAAGAUCCUCGGCCCUAUCGAUGUAAACUAUGUGGAGUGGGUUAUAGCCAGAGCUCCACACUGGACAUACAUUUACGCUCUGUUCUUCACCAAACAAGAGCCCGUGCUGCACAGAACCCAGGUCCACAGAUAUCCGUGUCUAAUGUCGUAGCUUCAGUACCUGCCACGCCUACUACUACUUUGGCCAAGGAAACAUCUAAGAAUUUACCUUUCACCAAGAAGCCAGAUAUAGCGAGUUCAUCAACAGGAUUUGUAGCUGAGGCCCAACUGACAGUUUCAACUGACGGACAACAAGCUAAAAAGAGAGUGGCAGAACUGAUAGCAUCAAGAAACCAACUACUACUAAUGCAACAGCAGCAACUGGCUCAGGCCCAGGCCCAAGCUCAGUUGCAGCACACAGCGUUGCUCCAGGCCCAAAUGAUGCAGCACCUUCCCAUUGGACCAGAGAAUCUCCUUCAGCACUUCCCUCUGACACCAGACAACAUGCUUUCUCUGCAGCAACAGCUUCUUCUGCCUUUUUACUUCCCUGGAGACAUGAAACUUAACCCAGAUUUGGCCACAAAGACCCUGGAACACACCCAAGCUGAGGCAGCCAAGUCCACAGUGAGAGAGCACACGAAGGCAGAGGCUAAAAAAGAGGUCAAUCCACAAACAGAUGAGAAAACAAGUCAAAGUUCAAUUUCUGAUGAUAUACCAACGGAAAAUAUGGACUUCAACACCAGAGUUGAAAAUGGCUGCAAUGGAUCUUCCAAUAGCCCAAAAGAAAAAGAAUGUGUCAAGCUUGAAGAGAAAAAAGAAGAAAUGUCUGUUUCAGUUGUUAAAAAAGAUGGUCAAACACAGGAGAAAGAUUCCACUUCAGUUAACCUCCCUGGACUGCAGUGCCCCCCACCUAGAGUGCCAUACGCCGCUGUCAAUGGGGAAGCUCUUAGGGCUUUGCUACAGAGUUAUGGCUACGAGUUGGCAUUGCAAUAUAUACAAAGUCGACAUAGAAACCAGCACCACAUAGCAACCCAAAUGAUACAUUUGAAAAGAGAGUGCGCUAAUAUCCGUAAAAUGGAAUUGUAUUCCGUGGAACAAAAACAGGCAGUAAUAAAAAGUCAGGAUAACGCAAGUGAAGUUAAAGACUUACAGAGUUUCACAAGGGAUAAUAGUGGAGUUGAUGAACUGGGAAACAAAAAGAAAGGAUGUUGUGGAAGUGGAGAAAAAUGUAGAGAUUGUGGUAAGUUUUUUUCAGAUGCUAUGAUUUUAAAAAGUCACCAAGAAUACAUCCACAGACUACUUCUUCCUACUGCUGCACUGGAGAGAUUUUCCAAAGAAUACAGACUGCAAUAUGACCAAUUGUACCCCUUAAAAAAGGCAAUAUCAGAAGAGGAUGUAUCUACGAGUACACAAGUUGCAUUUCCAGCUACAUCUUUAGAAUCAGAAACUGUAUCUGAACCGGAUCAGCCUCAAAUUAAAACAUCACCUCAACCUUCAUUUUCCGAUUCUGACACAAAAACAUGUGCUACACCUGAAGACCUGACAACUGCAUCUCCACCCUCCCCUUCGCUUUCGUUUUCUCAGCCUCAGAUAUUACCACAUAAGGAGUCAACCCUUACUUCUACAUCUUCUACGGUUACUUCUGAAAACACAAAGGCCAUGCCUAUUCCCUUACCAAACAUACCUAUGAUCCCUCUGCCUAUGCCCCAGCUUCCAAUUACCCAACUUUCUUUAUCGAAGCUUCCGCUACAUCAGAUUCCUUUCCCGAUAGAUCUCCCUCUUAUUCCUGUAAUGCAGGCCUUACAGCCUCAAACCUGGUUAGAAUCAAGUAUAAACCCAGAGUUGGUAAAAAUCUACCAGCCUCAACUUAAUCCAGUACUGCAUGGGAAACAGGGACCUAAUAGUCCUUCAAUUGUUUCCCAACCAUCUCAGCUUAGCCCAUCUUUGCUAGGCCAGCCACACCAAGUUAAUACUGGGAUGCUGGGUCAAUCAGCCCAGACAAGCUCCAUUCAAACAGGGCAGCAGCCCCAAGUCAGUCCAGCAUUAAUAGAGCAACAGCAGGGUAAGAGAACCCGCACACGAAUCUCUGAGGACCAGCUGACUAUUCUUAGAAAACAUUUUGAUAUCAACAGCCUCCCCAGUGAUGAUGAUAUAAACAAGGUAUCCAGUCUGUCUAGUCUACCUCACAAAGUCAUCAAACACUGGUUUCGCAACACCCUAUUUAAAGAGCGCCAGCGAGACAAGGACUCCCCUUACAAUUUCAAUAACCCCCCAACCAUAGCCCUUGAGGAGAACAGAGAGGAAAUCUUACAAAAUCAGUCUCUAACACUGUCCCAGUCCUCACCAUCUCCAAAACUGCAAGACAUGCCCCAGUCCAUUGACAUCCAAAGGGAAGAAACCCACAGGGGGAGACGAUCUUCUAGAACACGCUUUACAGAGAACCAGCUGGAGACACUACAGAGGGUGUUUGAGGCAACUCCCUAUCCUAGGGAAGAAGAAUAUGAUAGGCUGUCUUCCCUGUUGUCUCUCCCCAACAGAGUCAUCGUUGUAUGGUUUCAAAAUGCCAGGCAGAGAGCCAGAAAAAGCCAGGACCGAGAAGCCGAUGAUGGAAUAGAAGGGCCAAGCCAGCUUGACAUUCUUAGACAGAGAGACGGGUGCUACAGGAAUGAUAAUGAUGAUAACAGCUGUGGCGAUGAACAGCAAACUGAUUCUCACAAUGAAAAUUCCAUGGAUCUGACAUAUGAAUAUUAUUCCCAACCUGACUCUCCUACCUUUGAUUCUUCUUCUGCUAGUCAUACAGAGAGCGAGCAUUCCUUUGGCAAAGAUGAAACAACACCUCUCAAGAAACAAGGAAAUAAAACCUCCACUUCGGAGACUAACAAAAAUGUUGAAAAACAAAUUACAGAUGUGAAUAUCCAGCCCGAGGAAAAAGUACAGGCCUCUCAAACGGUGUCCUCUCCAGAAGCUGAGAAUCUGGUCCAACAUCAGCCAGAAAAUUCAGCUGAAAAAUCUGAGCCUCAUGCUUCCUCCCCCACACAAAACACGGUAAAUAGCAGGCACUCAAUGUCUGAUUCAAACCAAGAGCGCAUCCACAGUUCCUCCUUCAAUGCAGCCAUCGAAAAACCUGCAGAUACAACAUCAAGCAAACCUUCACUUUCCGAGUUGGAAGUAACUCGGCAUCCUGAGGCCCCCUCCCGCCAAUCCACCGAGACACAGUCACUGAACCAAAUUCCACCACCAAACCAGUUUCAGUGCAGUGUAUGCCCAAUGUCCUUGCCGUCAUUCCAGAUGUGGCAGGAGCAUCAGACAAGGCACCUCCUAGCGGCUCAGUCACAAGUCCAACUUCUUCACUCUGGGUUCCCAGACAGAACAAUGCCCUACAUGAUGCUUCAUUCCAACCACUCCCUGAUGGCCAACCAAUUGCUUUCAGGUGCAAUGACCCAGUUGCACUCAAAUGCCACAAAUUCCAUGAUUUCGCACUUAAACAGUACACAAGUGAAGAACUCAUUCUCUGACCUCUCUCAGAGUUCCUUCACAUCCUUGAAACAUAACUCAAAGCUAAUGUCAGAGGCCAAUUUUGAUAUUCAAAGAUGUGGCAGAGAGAGCGAGGAAGAGCAUAGAAGGGACAAGCGCCAGAGAACCACCAUCACCCCUGAGCAGCUUGAAAUCUUGUAUCAGCGUUACAGCUUAGAUUCCAACCCCACAAGAGGAGUCCUGGAGGGCAUUGCACAAGAUGUGGGCCUCGCAAGAAGAGUGGUUCAGGUCUGGUUUCAGAACACGCGGGCAAGAGAAAGAAAAGGACAGUUCAGGUCAAUGGGGCCAGGAUCUACUUUUAGCUUGGGUUUGAACCACCUGCGCUGUCCAUUCUGCAGGGCUCUCUUUAAGGUAAAGAGUGCUCUGGAUGCCCAUAUGAGAUCACGGCACUGGGCAGAGGCUGAAAGAGCAGGUUACAACUUAUCAAUAAGUAAUGGGUCCAGCAUGCCCAUUGGAAUGGCUUUGUCCUCUGUCAUGGAUAAACCAGGCCCAUCAGUCUCCUGUAACCUUGUACCAAACAUGGGCAUUGCCAUCAACAACAAAGAGCAAACAAUAAAGCAACCAGUUAUAAUUUCAUCUUCAUCCAAUGAUCUGACCAACCCAGGGGAGUACGGUGACUUUGAGGAAGAUGAUGAAUACCAAUAUGAUGAGGGUUUAAAUAUAGCUGAUGAAGCGUCCCCUAGUUCUGUGGGAUCUGGGGGUCCAAGCCCGGACUGGGGUGAGACUCUGCAGCCGCACCAUCAUCAGCAGCAACGCCAAAGGACACAGAUGAGCCACUUCCAAGUGCUCCAGCUUAGAGACUUUUACAAGAACCACCGUACACCAAAUCGACAUGAGUGUGAAGCACUAGGGCAGGAAUUGGGACUCCCUCACCGGGUUGUACAGGUAUGGUUCCAGAAUGCUAGAGCAAAGGAGAAAAGAGCCAGAUCCAUUAGCUCUGACUCUGCAGAAAGAGAGCAGGCGGAAUUGACUGCCGGUGCAGGGGAGAGAGACAGAGCCUAAAAUAGGCAGACUGGGGUCCCUUUACAUUCUUCAGUUAUGUCCCCAAGACUCUUGUCGAAACUUCACUUUUUUUGCCAAACCUGUUCCCUGAGCACCCCAAAGAUGCAGAGCGACAGGGGCCCAAAGAAAACCAUUUCAGCUGAACGUAAUAGAGCCCAAACCGUUCUCAUUUUGUAUUGCUCUUUCAUACUCUGCCUGUCUUUCCUUGUUUCCCCAAUUCCUGCUCUACAACCAAACUCCACCAUGGAAAAAAAAACAAUGCCACAGAGGCCAAAGAGCAUUCUCAAAGUAUAUGACCUCACUGCCCGGCGAGACCUGCAGUCUACCUCUCGGUCCUCAUGACAGACUCACAGUGGGCCCUCCUGCGGACAAUGCUUGACGACUAGCUGUGUAGCAUGUAUUGCUGGUCUUUGCAAGGUUGGAACAAAAACAAGAGAUAUUAGUGUAAAUAGAGAGUUCCAAAAGAUAAACUUGAAGAAAAACAAACAAAGCAGUUCAAAAUGGAAAAUGAGGAGGAAACAAAAGAAUAGCCCGAAAUAGACGGAGGUAUUUGUGUUGAGCUUUUGUAAAGACUGACUCAGAUUCCAAAGCUCAUAACCAAAAUUUUACACGUCUAUCGUUUCAUGGUGUUUGUUUUCAGCGACAAACUGCAGAGCUGACGUCUGUACAGUGAAGGGUGAGAUCUGCACCUGGCACAGGAAAAGACUGAUACAGUGCUAGAGUGCAGCGCCACCCGCCACAAGCCAAUGAUGAGUCUUCUGUUGUACAUGGACACCUUCUAAGUUCCUUUUGUGGAUGAUAGCCCAAAUAGCACAGAGCAGAAAGGCCAGUUUGUCCUAAAAGGGGCAAACUAUUUUUUAUAGCACUCAACCAUAAUACUGUAUAUGAUAACUUUAACCAAACUCUAAUUUACAUUGUGUGUCUAGUAAUAGUUUCUUAAUAUAAAGCUUAUGAACUGAGAUAAACUGUCUUGCUUCGGUAAUAGUGUCAUGAUUGUGACAGCUUUGAUAUGUUCAGGUAAAGACGAACUGCCUUUCUGUUCUCUUUGGAUAUACCAAUGGCUUACCAAUGUUGUGUGAUGAAUCUAAAGCUUUCUAUGCUCAGGUCAGCGGCUCAAUAUGGCUUCACCUCAAAUGUGAACCGAAUACCUUCUGGUUUCCAAACAGAAGUGUCAUGGUUUUAAGUUUGAACUAAGUAUUACAAGACAUCAACAAAAACAUCUCUGUAUAUCAAAGAUCUGAGCUUUUCACCUCAAAUAGAUUGUUAACCUUAUUGAAACUAAAGUGUUUAAUAGUGUGAGGGGUAAAUGUACAGUAUUUAGCUUUUGUAUGGUUGACUCAAGACUUCAUUGGAUGUUUGAGACAUAGCCCCUGUUUGUACACACAGACAAGGAGCUUCUGCGCUGAGCAGAGCAAAAACACUAAUAAUGGAUGUUAUCAAUGUUAUUUUUGUACACUUAAUUUAUUUUCCCCUUCCUCCUUUGAACUAUUUUCCUCCUCCUUUUUAUUUGCAAGCAGUUGUAAUAAUAAUAUAACAAUAAUAGCUAAACAAUAAUUAAUGCUUUAAGACAAAAAUCCAAAGACGUGAUGAUACUUUACCAUAUGACCUACAAAAAUAAGCGCUACUGUGUACUUGACGAUGUUUUGCUGUUUUUUUUUUUUAAAGAAGGAGGAGUCUCUAUAUCUAAGCUACUGUUUUCUGCCUCUCAUAAGCACACUGGAGUACUCUGUAACCAAAACCCCAAACUAGAGCCAUGGCAGUCUGUAAUAUAGCGGUUGAAGAGUUUUACUUUUCUUGAGCAAUUUUGCUGUUGUUCUGUUUAGUUUUUUGUUUUUUUUACCACGGUGUGAAAACUCCAGCCCUAAAGGAUGUCCAGUUUGCUGCUAAUGUACUGUAGUUUCUAAUGAUACUGUAGGAAGAUGCAUGCUCUGAUCGCUUUAUCACUAGGCUUUAAUGACUACAAACUGUAAUAAUAAUGAUAGCUGUGAUGUUACCAUGGAUAAACUGCUCCUGUUUUUAUUUUGUGUAUGGGGCUAAACUCCAUCAAAUCGGUUAUUUCAGUAUUCUGUUAAUUGGCCUAAUUCAGAGAGGAUAAAAGUGGUUUUAAUCAUUUUUUUUCAUGCAAGAAAAAAGCCUUCAAUUUUCAGCUAAACGUGUUUGCUGCAUUUACUUGUCAAAUGUUAAAACGUCUCGCUGUUUGAAGUCGUUCAGCCCCAGAACUAAUAAGAUGUAGGUUUUUCCGUCCUUCGAUGUCUCUACUCCAUUUUUCUAGCUAAAACAGCUUUCCAAAGGAUGUGGACUGACUUAACGCCGUCUUGUUUUGUUCUCAAAACUAACCAAUGUUUACGACAAUACCAAUGAGCUUUCUUCUGUACAGAAAUGUGCAUUCCAAAAACCACAAAGACCGUUUUUGUACACGGAUUAUUUUUAUUUCAUGUGUCUUUCUUGAUCUUGGUGACUGUAAGAUGUACAUAUUGGGAGUCUUCUAUGGUGAAGGGACUCUGUGAACCUUAUUGUAGGUAAAACUCUGUUUUUUUUCUGGAUAUGUUGUUGCCAUAGUGAUGACCAAAAAGAUACGUGUGAUGUGCACCUGUCCUAAUGUCCUGCUCCAGUGGUUUAGUGUGUCUCUAUAAUAUUCCCUUCCCCACUGGUGUGUUACUCUUCUUUACCGCUCCCAUAUUCCACUGAGCUAAAUAAAGUCUGCUUUGGUGCA